CCCCAACAUCAUUUCCCCCUACCAACGGUCAUGCACUGUUUUGUAAUAUUUCAGCUUUUAGAGUUUGACACUAAGGUCUUUUGGUAUCGUCCAAACACACUCCAGCCUUGAUGAAGUAGUAACGAAAUGAGCAUGUGUGCUUCUCUCUGACACAGUAAGCCUUUACUUCGUUCAGACGUUCAGACUGGGUAGCUACUUAGCUAACGUAAGUUAGCUUAAUACUAGAAUGGAGAAUUCAGAGGCCAGUCCAUCAUCGGGGCCCCUGGCAAUGCCGAAUAAAGGCAUGGCGCGACCUUCAGCUCCCUCUGGUCAGCUGUCCGAGUCAGCCAGGCCCUCCAAGCACAGGGAGCACCCGUCCAAGUCACCACGGAGACGGCGGAGGGGGAUGAGAUCACAGCGGCGGGGGGGUGGUCAUGAACAGCUGCUCUGGGAGAUCGAGCGGCAGAGGUUGCCGGGACAACACGAGCACUCGGAGCCUUCUGGCUCAGCAAGCGACACAGCGGAAAGCUCGCCUAAGAGGAGAGCCCACUUUCUACAUGGACCGUAUCCAGCCACUCACUUCGGACCCAAAGCCUGUAUUCUUCCCAACCCAACUUCAGUCAUGCACAUCCAGGACCCAGCCAGCCAGCGGCUUACCUGGAAUAAACCUCCCGUGAAUGUGCUCAUCAUAAGGAAAAUCAGAGAUGAGAGCCUCGUCGAGCCUUUCAAAGAGCUCUGCAGGUUUCUAGUGGAGGAGAAGCAGAUGAUGGUGUACGUGGAACGCAGGGUAGCAGAUGAUGCUACGCUGUCAAAGGACGAGGCGUUCGGCUCCAUCCGCAAUCAGCUCUGCACCUUCAGAGAGGGUUAUGAUGAUAUCUCUGACUGCAUAGACCUGAUCAUCUGUCUGGGGGGAGAUGGGACUCUGCUCUACGCCUCCUCUCUCUUCCAGGGGAGCGUCCCCCCGGUAAUGGCAUUUCACCUCGGUUCUCUGGGUUUCCUGACGCCCUUCAAAUUUGAGUCAUACAAGACUGAAGUGGCCAAAGUGUUUGAAGGCAAUGCAGCCAUCACUCUGCGCAGUCGUCUGAAGGUGAAGGUGGUGAAGGACAUGCUUCAGAGAGCAGGCCAGCAGCCGUAUAGCCGGGAGCCACAGCAGGAACACAACGGGCUCCUUCCUCAUGGACACACAAACAGCGAGGCCGGCAAGGUCACCCUGCAGCUACAGGUGUUGAAUGAGGUGGUGGUGGACCGAGGCCCGUCCUCCUACCUGUCCAAUGUGGACUUGUAUCUCGAUGGGCGACUCAUCACCUCGGUGCAGGGAGACGGUGUGAUUGUGUCCACACCUACAGGCAGCACAGCAUAUGCAGCUGCAGCCGGAGCCUCCAUGAUCCACCCUAAUGUUCCCGCCAUCAUGGUCACCCCCAUCUGCCCACACUCACUCUCCUUCAGGCCCAUCGUUGUCCCUGCUGGGGUGGAGCUCAUGAUCACCUUGUCCCCUGAUGCCAGGAACACCGCCUGGGUGUCGUUUGAUGGCAGGAAGAGACAGGAGAUCCAAUAUGGAGACUGUAUCAAGAUCACUACGUCUUGCUACCCAGUGCCCUCCAUCUGUUGCCAUGACCUGGUGUACGACUGGUUUGAAAGCCUGGCUCAGUGUUUGCACUGGAACGUGCGCAAGAGGCAGGAGCGGCUGGCGGACAUCUCGGACUCGUCAGACACAGAAAACUGAAUCAGCGGAUGCUCUUACUGGCCUACAUUGAAGUCACGCAGUCGACCUGAGAGUGAAUGAGGUCGCCCUGCAAACAUUUUCAGGACAGAAACACUGCACUGUGAAAGCAAGAGCACGUGUGUCUACAGCCAGAUUAGUGUCACGUAGUCCUAUGAAUAGCACUUACAACGAGCAUACUGUGUAUACAGUGUUUUAUACAAGAGUCACACAUGCGCGUAGCAUCUCAUUACAUUCCAGUUCCUACACAAUUUAAAGCGAGAGAGCAUGUUUCUCACCUAGAAAUGGUCAAAUAAAAAACUCUUGCAGCCACUUAUAUGAUUACAGUAUAUUAAUAUUCUGAAUGAAUACUGUUUUUAUCACCACCAUGAUGAUCUGUGUGUGAGAUGUAGGUGUUACUGACAUAAACUCAGUAGGAUUAUAGAUAGAAAAACACUGAUACAUUGAGAAAAGGACUGUAAAUGUGUACAUACAGGAUUUGGAAAUAUUUAUUUUAUGUCCUAUUAAUGUGAUAUUUAUGUAUUUUCAAGAUGUGCUUUAAGACUUAAAACUGAAUUUCUGUUAUUGAGUCAGCCAAAGACUGUUGCAUGUGAUAGUUACUAUAAAGAGUUCAGUUUCGUUUCUGCCCGUGUUAAAUUAAGUUUUAGAACAAAACAAAAUAGAACGAGUUGGAGGAGUUUCCACCAGUCACGCUGUUUUCAUGGUCAAUUAACUGUCGAAGUGAAAUAAAAUAAAAGUCUGUAGUAGAAAGGAGUAGAAUUUAAAAAAAUUAAACGCUUGCUAACUUUC